AACAAGGAGGAGGAGCCAACACAUCCCCAGAAGGAGGGGCGGGGCUUUACCUGGGAGAGCUGAGAGAGAUGAUGAGGAUGUUUCUGAAAGAUGAAGAUAUCCACAAGACUGUCAGUCGGGUCAGCGCGGCGCCUCAUCCUCCGGGUUCCUUUGAAGGAACUCUGCUGGCCUCUGAGAUCCUGAAGAGAUUCCAGCAGCUGGAGAUGGACCACACCUGGACCGAGUCUCUGUACGCCACACUGCAGUUCCCCGACAGGUCUCAGAGCAGUUCUCUGCAGCUGCUGGACUCGGCUGGUCUGGUCUUAGAACUUCUCCCUCUGAACCCUUUGGACUACUGUCCCUACAGCGCCACGGGGAACUUCACGGGGGGGCUGGUCUACGCUAACUACGGGCGCCCCGAGGACUUUGCGUGGCUGCGGAGCGUGGGCGUGUCUGCAGCUGACCGUGUGGUGGUGAUGCGUGUUGGGGGCGGAGUCAGCUUUGCCGAAAAGAUCUGGUUGGCUGAGAGGAAUGGCGGAGGCGGGGCUUUGAUCUACCCCGACCCCGCUGACCUACCGCAGGACCCCCGCCGCCUCGGUCUGAACUCUCAAACUGCCGUGUCCGAGCACGUACACCUGGGCUCAGGUGACCCCUUCACCCCCGGCUUCCCCUCCCUCAACCACACCAAGUUCCCCCCCAUCCCGUCCUCGGGGCUGCCGCUCAUCCCCGCCCUCCCCAUCACUGCCGCUGUGGCCGCCAGGCUGCUGAGUCAGCUGGUGGGCCCGUCCUGCCCCCCCUCCUGGCGGGGGCGGUUACCGUACGUGGGCUGUGUGCUCGGUCCAGACUUCAGUUCGGGCCGGCGGAUCCGGGUCUCGGUCCACGGUGUCAUGAGACCGGUUCUGCUGAACAACAUCUUCUCCUCUCUGGAGGGGCGUAUUGAACCAGACCAGUACAUCAUUCUGGGGGCUCAGAGGGACUCUCUGGGACCCGGAGCCGUCAAGUCCGGAGUGGGAACCGCCAUCCUGCUGGAGAUGGCCAGAACCUUCUCAGCCAUGAUAAAGAAGGGCUUCAGUCCCAGACGCAGCCUCCUCUUCGUCAGCUGGGAUGCUGGAGACUUCGGCAGCGUGGGGGCGACCGAGUGGCUCGAGGUUCGUCUGAACAUACCUGAGAAUGUAAAGACGGUUCUAACUGUGACUCCACCCACACAGGGGUACCUGUCCAUGCUGCAUCUGAAGGCCGUCGCCUACUUCAGUCUGGACCAGGCCGUCAUGGGUGAUGAUGUUCUGUCGGCGUACACCAGCCCUCUGCUGGUCGACCUGCUGGACGCCGCCAUCAGACAGGUGGAACAUCCCAAACAUGGAGGUCAGAGUAUCUACAGUCAUGCAGAGAGAGAGGGAGGGAGCUGGAGGAUAAUGAAGCCUCUCUUCCUCAACAGUGGAGCUUACAGCUUCACCGCCUUCGCUGGAGUUCCAGCCAUGGAGCUGAGGUUCUCUGAGGAGAGGGCGUACCCUUUCGUCAACACCCCUCUGGAUAACGUUUCCCGCCUACAGGAAGUGCUGGGGGGUCGUCUGGGGGUCACUGGGAGGAUCCUGGGGGAGCUGGUGGGGGAGAUGGUGCUGAGGUUGACCCAUGACCACAUCCUGCCGUUACACAUCACUUCCUACGCUCAGGCGGUGCUGCAGUUCAGUGCACAGCUGAACAAACACUCAGCUGAACUGCAGUCCAGAGGCGUGUCUCCCCAGUGGCUCUUCAGCGCUAGAGGAGACUACAGUCGAGCUGCAGAGACGCUGCAGAGAGCCAUCGACUACAGCGACCUGCACGACCCGACCACGGCCCGGUUCUACAACACGCGUAUUAUGAAGGUGGAGUAUCACUUCCUGUCUCAGUACGUGUCCACCAUGGAGACGCCGUUCCGUCAUGUGAUCCAUGGGCGUGGCAACCACACUCUGAGCGCGCUCACUGAGCACUUAACCCUGCUGACCUCUGACCCCGGACGAUUCGACGAGAACCGCUUCAGACGG